AUGAUGGCGCUAACAAACGAUAAAAUUAAGGCAAAUCUCUGUAGAGAAUUGAAACUGGCACUAAAAAACGCAGCUUUGGAAAUUCCCGAAGCUACUAUAACAUUGUGCAGUGUAAUAGAAGCAAUAUUUAUUCAUGGGUUGAAAGAUCCAUUUUUUGUCAAGGGAUCACGGUAUGCGAAGUAUCCUGAACCGAACUUUUGGCCAUUCUUGUAUAAGUUUACUCACAAGUCGAUAAAACAGCAAAUUGAUUCCCUCAAUCAGAUCAGAACCGAAAUUGGCAAAGCCCGAGCGUGGAUACGCAUCGUCCUCAAUGAAAAUUCUAUGGAACACUAUCUGAGGCUCUUUGCCCGCGAUCCUCAAAGUUUUAGUGCUUUCUAUCACAAAUAUGCAUUCCUACGGGAUUUCGAGAAUUAUAAUGUGAUGACAGGUUACAUGAAGGGCAUAGCCAAUAUAACAAUCGAUGCGCCUGUAAAUAGUUCUUUUUUAAAUAACUGGACCCCCACUCCGCUUAUACUUGCUGGUUUGGUUACUGGAAAACCUGCUAGAUCUGAGGUCGAGGAAAUUGGAGAGCCUGCGUUAAAUCUUAUUGAACUUGACGCCGCUGCAGAGCCACGGAGCUUUAUCAAGCCUUCGAAAAGUCUUCACUUUUCCAAGUCUAACUCUCUUUAUCUUCUGUGUUUUUGUACUCAUUUUGUAAUAUUCUUUGUUCUAGCUCUGUGCAGUGUUGAUGAGGACGAGCUUUCAUCAGUUUAUUCACAUCCUUCAAUGAUGGAAGGUGGUAAUGUACGCCCUUAUACAUUGUUAUUAUCAAGCACCCCGGAGAGAAAUGAGAUUUUGUCACACAUAGUACCAGAGGCAUCUGGCUUUACAACUGAUGCUUACCAGGUUUGUGAUGUCGUCUUUAUUGAAGAAGAGGACAUGAAUGGGGAGGACGAGUGUGGGAUUUCUCGAGAACUUAUCCCUUUAUUAACCGAAAUAGCUCACUCAGCAGGAUUAGCGGAGCAAGAUUUCCGUUGUCCUCUAUGUAGUAAAUCAAUUGGUCCCACAUUUUCCCCAUAUAGAGUUUGCGGUCUUGAUGGCAAGUACUAUUGCACAAAUUGUUGCCGUAAGUCGGAUCAGAGCAUUAUUCCAUCCCGUUUGAUCCAUAAUUGGGAUUCGCGACCUUAUCCAGUUUGUCGUGGGAAUUUGUCUUUUCUUAGAGCAGUGGAAGAUCGGCCGAUAAUACGGUUAGAUAAAGUCAAUCCUAGCCUUUACGACCACUGCCCAACUAUGAAAAAGAUUUUGAAUUUGCGCGAAAAAUUGUCAUCAGCAGCAAUGUACUUGCUAUCUUGCCGACAGUCUGUUGCAGAGGACCUGCGACUUCGUCUAUGGCCGAAGGAAUACUUGUACAAUGAUAUACAUUUAUAUUCAUUUUCGGAUUUUCAGUGCGCCUUAUCUGGACAGUUAGAGGGACACUUGAAUUCAAUCAUACGUUAUGCAGUUAAUCACAUAUUUCACUGUAAACUUUGCGUUCAGAAAGGAUUCUUCUGUGAAAUUUGUUCGUCUCGUGAAGUGAUAUAUCCUUUUCAAGUCGAAACAACUGUUAAGUGUGCUACGUGCUUUUCUGUUUAUCACAAACGUUGCUACGAAAGUGACCAUUGUCGAAAGUGUGCUAGAAGAGAACAUUAUGCCGAACGUGUGUCUUCUUUAGGAGAUCAUCUACCCUUGGAAUAG